AUGUUUGCCCUGGCGGCGGACGGCAAGUCGUUGGAGCGCAUACAGUACACGCCGCUUGCCGACUGGGACCUGCCCUCCCCCGAGAUCGCCCCCGGCUUCAACACCCGCACCAAUGCCGACCUGGUGGACAGCGGCGGCGCGCAGGCGCUGUCGGCUGCCGACAUCGAGGCCAUGAAGGCGGAGGGUGCCGCCGGCGCUGACAUUGUGGCCGCCCUCACCGCCAACUCCGCCACCUUUGCAGCCAAGACCGAAUUCUCACAAGACAAGUACAGGAAGAAGAAGGCACGCAAGUACAUCCAGGUCGCAACGGUGCGCCGUCCCACUGCAGCCGCCGUAUGCGAGGCAUACUUCUCGACUUCUCCUGCCAAGACUGCCUACCUGCGGGCCGAUGCGCUUGCAUUGCUGCUGAGCCUGGCCAACAUUGGGGCACAUGGCCGGGUGCUGGUGGUGGAGAACUGCGGCGGGCUGGUGACGGCAGCCGUGGCGGAGCGUCUUGGCGGGCAUGGCGGCGUGACCUCUGCGUGGGCAGGCGGCAAGGGCACCAAGCAGCCCAGCCUGGCCAUCUGGCGCCACCUCAAUCUCUCCUCUGCACAGCGCGCCGCCAUGCGAUUUACGCCGUUAUCGGAGGUGCUGGCAGAGUGUCGGCAGCAGCAGCAGCAGGAGCAGGCAGCCGAGCAGGCAAAGAACAAGCAGCAGCACGGCGAGCAGCAACCGCCAGCAGGGGCGGCACAGCUCCAGCAGCAGCAGCUGCAACCCCCCUUCAACAGCUGCAUUCUGGCUGCCACCAAUCUCAGCCCGCUAGCGCUGGUGCGCCAUGUGCUGCCGCUGCUGGCGCCUUCUGCCUCCCUCGCCGUCUUCUGCCCCUGGCAGCAGCCUCUGGCGGAGGCCAUGGACGCGCUGCGAGGGCAAGGCGAGGUGGCGGGGUUGGCACUGCAUGAGUCAUGGUGGCGCGAGAUGCAGGUGCUGCCGCUGCGCACCCACCCCACCAUGAACAUGAGCCAUGGCGGCGGCAGCAUCCUGUCGGGCACCGUGCUGGCUACAGACCAGCAGAGGCAGCAGCAGUAG